UUUAAAUUGAUGUUUUUAUUAUUUGUAAUAAAUAAUUAAUAAUAUUAACAUUUAUAAUGCAAUGUAUAUAAAUGAAUUUAAUAAUAUUAAAGUUUAAUAUUAUUAAAUUUACUAAUAAUUAUCAACAAGUAUUAAAUUAUAAUUAAUUUAUUAUAUUAAUAUCUUAUAUAUUAAUAUAAUAUAUAAAAAUAUUUAUAAAAAAACAUGUCAAAGAAAUUAUUUUUAAAAUUUAUUAAUUUCAAUAAUUUUUCUGAUUGAAUAUAAUUCCUAUUUUAAAAUAGGAAUAAUUCACCGCUAUAAAUCGCACAGAAUAUAUCAAAUAUUUUGAUUUUUUGUGCAACUGAUAUUUCAAAACAUUGAACAUUAAAGUUAGGUCUAUUUUGUGUUUUGAUUUUUUAUACAAAUUCUUAUAAUGUAAUUUUGUAGUAUCAUUUAAAAUUAUAUUUUUUUCGUAUAAUUAUAUGUAAUUUAUAAAAUAAAUUUUAUAAGUAAAUUAAUUUGGAAUCAUAUAGAUUCUAUGAAUUAGUUUCUAUGACAACCAAGUAAAAAACAAACAAGUCAUAAUGUACUUUAACUAAACAGCACUAACUGAUUAAAUAUCUAUACAAACUACUAGUUUAUACCAAAAAUAUAUUCAAUAAAGAGAAAAAAUAUUUUAAAUAGAUUAAUAUAAUGCAAAGACCACAAACUAGUACUGCUGUAUUACAAAAUAAAUUUGAAAGGUUUUAUAAAGGAACAAAGAAUGAAUCAGUAGAAUUUUCUGGGAAUACUCGGCCAGGCACACCUGGUCAAAAUGUAUUGGCAAGACCACCAUCAUCCUUUGCUGCACUCAAUCAAGUAUCAACUGGUAAUUCACGUUUAAAUACAAUUAAUUCAAGUAAUUCUGGAACAUGUAAUAUUACAUUUCCUUUGUCUGGUCAAAUGAAUAUAAAUAUUUUGGAAAGACCAAUCACUCAACAUGGAGUGGCAGGUCUUAGACCUGGAACCGGUAGAAAUUUGUCAAUGACUAGACAAAUUCAAGAUAAAAGAUAUUAUAAUGGACUUAUGCAAUUAAAAAUUAGAGAAUUAAAUCAAGAAAUUGCUGUUAUUAUGAAAGAUAUUGAAGAUCAAACUAAAGAAAGAGCUACUUAUCUGCAUUAUGAUAAGAGAGCCAAAGAUUUGGCUAUGGAAUUAACAGCUUUGCAAGGGCAACUAGCUGAUUAUAAUAUCAUUGUAGAUAAAAUGACAUCUGAUAUUGGAAAAGAAAUUAUUGAAGAAGAAACUGAAAAACUUGCUAGAAAAAAUGAAGAAAUUUUAUCAAGAAUUGAAAAUAUGUUUGAAGAAAGAAAACAAUUAGAACAAAAGCUAACAAAAAUACAAAACCAAUUAGAAGAUGAAAAGAAAAGAACAGAACGACUUAUAGACAGUAUGGAUUCUGAUAUGAAGGAAAAAUAUGAUGAAUUAUUAAAAGAAAAAAUAAAAGUGGAAGAAAAAGCAAAUGAACUGCAACAAAAAUUGGAUGAAUUAUACAAAGAACAAGUUUAUUUAGAAGAAGAAGUAACAUUAUCUCCUUUGAAACAAGAAGCAGUUAAAUUACAUCUUAAAAUAAUAGAAAUGGAAGAAAAAAGAGAUAAGUUAAAAGAAGAAGAGAAACAAAGAAUUUCACCAGAAGAAGAAAAAGAAAAAUUAUUACAGAAAAUUAAGCAAGAUAAUAUGGAUAUUGCAGCUGCUGAAGCUCAAUUGUCUGAAAAAAAAAAACAAACUCAAGAAACAGAACAAAAACUUGAACAAUUAGAAGCAGAUAUAGAAGAUACUCAAUCUGAAAAACAAAUUAAAUAUAAGGAGCUUCGUAAACGAGAAGAAACUAUAGAGCAAUUUAUGAAUUCUUUUGAUCAAAAUAAAGAAGAUGAAAGUAAAAAAUUGCAUAAAUUAGAAAAUACAAUAGUUGAAUAUUUAGAAAAUAUUUCGAAUAUGUUAAAUAUUGAUAUCGAUUUUAUAGGAAAUGAUGAAAUGGCUAUUCUUAAUAGUUUACCAUCUUUCAAUGAAUAUGAAGAUAUUAACAAGGAUUGUAAUUUUGAAAAAUUAACAAAAGAAAAUUUAAAGUUGCAGGAAAUUUUUAAUAAAAUGCAAAUGUUAGAAGAAAAACUUAAAGCAGAAUUUGCUGAAUUUAAUGAAAAAAUGACUGAUAAAGAAAAUAAGUCAAUAAUUGUAGAAGAUAUAGAUACUUUGAAAACUAAAUUGACACUAAAACAAGACCAAUUAAUAGCAGAAUGUGAACAAUUGAAACAUGAACAAGAAAAAUAUGAAGAAGAGAUUAAAACAAUUCAAUCAGAAUAUAAUGAAAUAAAACAACGUUUAGAAAAUAAUGAUAUAUAUGUUCAAGUUAGUACAUUAGAAAAUACUGUAGAAAAAUUGCAAAAAGAACGUAAAGAUAUUGAAGAAUUUAUUACCAAAGAAAAAGAACGUGGUAAUUAUAAUCCAGUAAAAAAAGAAACUUUUAAUACAAUAAAUAUUUAUAAUUCUUUGUUAAAAGAAAGUCUAAAAACUAUUUAUUAGUUAAAUUCUUUAUAACUUUUCUUGUUUCUAUUUUAUUAAUAUUAAAGGAACUAGAAAAUAAUUUGAUUUAUUGAUUUUUCAAUGCAAUAUAAUAUUUAGAAAUUAAAUAUGAAAAACAUUAUUAUUAAAUUAUUAAAUUAUUUAUAAAAAUAAUCAUGAAUCAUUUUUUUAUAUUAUUAAUUGCAUUUUUUAAUUAAAUUUUAUGAAAUUAUUUUAUUAAAUUCGAAAAAAUAUAUAUACAAUUUUCACAUAACCAAAAUAAUUCGAAACAAAUAAAGUUAUUUCGAGAAGAAUAAAUUUUGUUGAGUUUUAUUCUUUUGUUGUAUUAAUUAUAUUGUGAUCUAAUAAAUAAUUAUUUAUAUGUAUGUAUCAUUUGAUAGAUUAUAAAAUAAAAUAAAAAUACAAUAUAUAAUUUUAAAACCUUUUAAUUUAAAUAAAAUUAAAAAUUUAAUAAAAUUUUUCUUAAAAAUUGAUAUUUUAAUUGUAUGACACAAAAUUUCGUAAAAGUAUAAUAUUAAUAUAGUAUUUAACAUAUAUAUUUUAAAUUAUUUGUAAUACUUACCUAAAAUGUAAUAUAAGGAAAAGUAACAUAAAAAUGGCAAUAACCCAAAUAUAAAUAAAUAUGCUUUUAAGGUUUAAAAUUUUAUUCGGUAUAUUUGGAUAUUACAAGAAAAAAUUAAUUUUUUAUAUUAAAAUUGUUUAUAUCAAUUACAAAAAUAUGAUUAUUAAUGUAGAUGGAUAUUAUGAAUUUUAAUUGAAAUUAUUUUCUGAGAACAAAACUAUUGAUUACAAUUUUAAUUGUUAAUAAAUAUAAUAUAAUAUUAAAAAUAAUACACACACACGACACGCAAAUAUAAUGACAAUAAAUAUUGAAAAAAAUUAUAUCGUGAUAUAUAUUACCAUAAUAGAUAUUUGAUAAAUAGAUAUUUGAAAAAAACAUACAGCACACAACACAGCAAAUUAUUAUUAAUAAAUUAUAAAAAAAAAAUAUAUAAUGAAGUAAUACGGUUAUACAAGUAUGAUUAUCUUACUUACAUUCUAAAUUUUUAUACUACAAAUUUAGUUCAUUAAAUAUUUUAUAAAUUAUCUUAUAAAAUCUACUUUAAUAUAUAAUUUACCAUACGUAAGACACUUACAAAGUAUAUCUUGUUAUUAAAUUAUAAACUAUAAUAAAAAUUUUUAUUUUAAAUUAUGAUAAGAUGUUUUUAAAUUAAGUUAUAUAUAUUUAAUUAUUAAUUACAUUUUGGAUUUAAUCUUGAUUUUUUUUUCGCUUUCUUCAGAAUAUCGUAGACUAGAUUUA